CAUUAGAAAGAAAGAAAUAGUAAAAGAAAAUAAAACGAACUCGAAAAUAUAACGCGACGAUACACAAGUUUGCUUUAGGUAUAAUCGUGCGUGCCUGUGUGUGUGUGUGUGUGUGUGUGUGUGUGUGACGAAUUUGUACACUGUAUACGAUCAAGUUAGUUAAUGUCGAAAGAGAAACAGAAGAUAUUAAUAAUAAAGAAAAAUGGAUCAAGGAUUUCCUGGGCAACAUACGACAACAACCGUCACCACUACGACGACCACCAUACAACCAAAUGUACGAUUUGAUCCAUCUUAUAUGCGAACAUUGUCUGGUAUUCUAAAAAUUGUACAAGUGAUAUUAAAUUUCUUGGGAUUCAUAUGCAUCACCGUAUCGAUUUACAGUAGCCAUAGUCGAGGAGGAUGGUUCAAUACAGUCGCCAUGGGUGGUUUUUGGUUCACCGGUGUACUACUUGUUCUUUAUUUAUUUCACAUCGUUGAGAAGUUCUCCAAAAUUCCAUGGUUGAAAAUCGAACUCAUAUUCUGUUCGAUUUGGACGAUAUUUUAUCUUCUGGCUGCUUCCUUGGCAGCCGAUUAUGGUCGAGUUUCUGAAUCAUUCGCGGUUGCAGCGUUCUUCGGUUUUUGUGCCAUGGUAGCUUAUGGUUACGACGCAUGGUUAAAGUUUACUGCAGUUAGAAGUGGAGCUUUGGCUCAGGGUCAGCAUAUGCCAAAACAAGUGUCAACUGUUACCAGUCCCGCGUAUUAAAUUUAUCUAGGUAUUUGUUUCAAAUAUAUACGACACAUGCCUAUAUAAAAAUCGAUGACGAAAGAGGGAAUAUAAAAUCGUAUGAUUACCUACCAAUCUCGUAGGAAGAUCUAUCGAAUUAAUCAUCCAUUCGUAUAUGAUCAUCAUUCAUGUGUGAUCAUUUUAUGUAUUUAUAUCGUACAAACUAAUACAUAUCCAUUAUACUCA